AUAAAAUGAAAUUAACAUUUUUUUUAGUAAUUACUUAAUUAUUAUUUAUUUUUAAUCAUGUUUAAAAAUAAUUUUGUCAUUUGUAAAUAAUUAAUAUUUUAAAUUAUUAUUUUUACUGACGAUUUAUUAAAAAAUUUAUAAUCAAUAAGUGAAUUCAUUAAAUUUUCAUUCCAUUUGACACAUCAAUACUACGAUCUGUUUAUUGCAACAAAUAAUAAUAACAGUAUCCAAUAAUUGAACUUUGAUCAAUUUUUUAAUUUUACCUCCAGUUCAAUUCCGUCUUUUAUUUAAAACAAUGAAUCAACGACCCAACACAUCAACUUUCAAUCAAUUUAAAUCAGGACCAGGUUCUAUACCCAGCGGAGGAGUUGCACCUGGUGCUAAUGGACCGCCACCGGUACCUCCAAGAGCGACAGCAAAUUAUGGAGGCUAUCGCCCUUACAUGAGCACUCCAGUCAUGGGUUAUGGAGGUUACGGCUAUGGAAACAGUUUCCCUUACAGCCAAUACUCACAUGGCUACGGGUCGUAUCCUUACGGUUCAAGUUAUCCUGGACUGGGUCCAAGCGGUGACGUGGAAAAUAGACUGAUCCAAUUUGCUGAAGAAAGCACGAGGCCGGCAUUCCAGUCAAUCCAGUCAAUAAUCCAGACAUUUUCCUCAAUCACGAUGAUGCUGGAGUCGACUUUCAUGGCGAUGUCUAGUUCAUUCCGUGCUAUUUUGAGUGUAGCUGAAAAUGUAGGGAAAGUGAGGUCGAUGUUUGGACAAUUGUUGAGUACAUUCGCGCUUAUCAGAUUCGCUAAAUGGUUAUAUAAGUACAUAGCAUACAAAUUAGGAUUAUCAGCUACGGAUCCAAAUGACGAAAGUCUGUGGCAAAAGACUGUGCUCGAGGCGGCAACUGGAGAUAAGAAGGGUCCCAUGACUUGGCCAAUCCUAUUAUUCUUCAGUCUUCUGGCAGCUAUUCCUUACCUGGUUCACAAGCUAGUGAACAGCGCCAGCGCAUCGCGAUCUUCGGCAGACAAUCCGCAAGCAUGGUUCGAAUUAAAUGAGCCCGUGUACUGGGCCACGGCGAUUUAUGACUUCAACGCAGCUUCCGCUGAAGAAAUGAGCCUGAAAGCUGGACAAAAAGUUUGGCUCGCUCCUCAAUCUCUGCAACCGAAAAAUUUACCCGGUUGGUCUAGAGCCACUGACAAGAGCCGCGUUGGUUUGAUACCUUCCAAUUAUAUAAAUGUCGUUGCGCAAGUGACUAAAAGAAGUGACACCGAUAAUUCUGCUCCUGCUUCUGUGUCUACUUCUUCCUCAACUUCUACUUUAACGAGCUCUUUGAGUGCGAAUAAUAUAAUGGAAGAAAGUUUCAACGACGCUGCUGCUGCUAUUGAUUGUAAUAAUGAGGAUAAAUUUUUAGCAGACAGUCCCAUCACGAAUAUUGAUAAAUUCUCAAUAGAAACUUCUGCAGAUGUCAGUAAGGCUGAUAAAUCUUCGAUAGAAAAUUCAACAAAUCCCAGUAGUGAUGAGAAAACUUCAGAGAGUUGUAAAGAUACCAGCACAGAUACUUUUAAACAAUAACUUAUUAUUUAAAAAUUUAAUUGUUAAUUUUAAUUGUAAAUUAUAUAGGUUGUAAUUUUUUGCUCAGUCAUAUCACCAUCAUGUUGCAUGUCAACUAUUUUUUUAUGAUCCUGAAGUUAGCAGACAAUUAAAAUUUUUUGGAUUUUUUUUUCAACAAAUCAAUUGCAAAAAUACAACAAAUAAAAAUAUGCACAUGUAGAGAAUUUAAAAAACUACAGGUGCAAAUUUUUCAAAUAUUUUUUUUUUAAUAAUUUAUUGCUUAAAAAAAAUCGAAAAAUUAUCAGUCGUCGGUUAACUUCAGUAUCAUAUUUUUUUUAGAUAACGAAACCAAUAGCGGGAUUAUUAUUUUAUUUUAAUUUUCUAAAUUCAAAUCCACAAAAAUAAUUUCCAAACCCGCCCUACUGCAUUUUCACGACUCCCAAAAUUUGAUUAAUUUUUUUAAAAAUCCUCAUAUAUUUACGUUACUUAAAAUUUUUCAAUUUAAAUAUCGCGCGAUUUUAUAAUUAAAUUUUUUACUAAAACUUAAAAAUUCCCUGAGCGAUUCCGCUAUUGGUCUCGUCGACUCCGAUUAUAAUUUAAAAAUAAAUUACAAUUACAAUUUAAAUUUACAACCAAACUAAUUUAAGUAAAAAAAAGAAAUGUCUGUUUAUAUUUGGAGUAAUGUCUUAAUUUAAAUAGAAUAAAAUUUUAUACUUUAAUGUUAAUCAAAAUAAACGCGCCAAAUAAAAAACAUAAUCUCAGUACAACAAAUUACUGUAUCAAUAUUAAUUAAUUAAGUUUACUCGAUAUUUAUUAUCAUUAAACUCGUAUUAUGUACAUUGACAGAAAGUUAAUAAUAAUAAUAAUAACAAUAACAG